GUUUUACAACCCGGAAAUGCUGUUUGUUUUCGUUGUAUCCGGGAGGACAGGGUGACAGUCCGCCUUCCACCUGAAAAGAAAUGGCAGGUUUGGAAAGCAAGCAAACAAGGACAGCUGGAAGCUCUGGUCCAGAAACUGAUGUUGAGCUGCAGACACCAGUAUUGCGCAUCAGCCAGCUGGAUGCUCUCGAGUUAGACUCAGCCCUUGAGCAGCUGGUAUGGACCCAGUUCUCCCAAUGCUUCCAGAACUGCCGCCCUGGCCUGCUCACCCCUCUGGAGCCUGAACUGAGGGCCUUCCUCCAGCUGCUCCUGUGGAGGUUCACACUGUAUUCCAGCAGCGCCACUGUGGGCCAAUCUUUACUGAGCCUGCGUUACCACAACACUCUUUCUUCCUCUCCCCGUUAUAGACCUCUGUCCCGCAGGCAGAAGCUGGGUCUGGCCCUGCUCACCGCAGGCCCUCGCUGGCUCCAGGAGCGGUCCCAUAACCUGCUGCUGUGUUUAGGUUUGAGUUCAGGAGGGCCUGGUUCUCAAGGAGACAGUGGAUUGCUCCAAAAGGGUCUCCGUAGUUGCCUGACCCUCCUUUCCAGUAUUGCCCAGCUCACAAGUCUCAUCAACUUCCUUGUGUUCCUAAGGAAAGGUCACCAUCCUGUCCUGGCUGAAAGGAUCGCGGGAGCUCAAGCAGUUUUCAGCAAGCCCAGUGUUGCCCGGGACAUAACCUACCAGUACAUGAAUCGGGAGCUGCUGUGGCACGGCUUUGCAGAGUUCCUCAUCUUCUUGUUACCACUGAUCAAUACAAGGAAACUGAAGGCAACAGUGUCUUCAAUUGUUUUUGGGGGAGAACGUGCUGAUGGGGAGGGAGGAAGAGAAGCUCAAGGGGUGUGGAAAGAGUGCGGACUGUGCGGAGAGUGGCCGACCAUGCCUCAUACAGUGGGCUGCCAACAUGUUUUCUGCUACUACUGCAUUAAAAGCCACAGCAUUGCAGACACAUGCCUCACCUGUCCCAAAUGUGGUGCGGAGGCAGGGCAGCCUGAGCCGGUCAAGAUGGAGGUGGAGAUGAUUGACAGAUGAUGAUAUGAAGAAGCAGUCGUGACUGAGUUUAUUUUGAAAUGGACUGGACUUAUUUACAUUAAAAUGGUGAUUUAUAAUUUUCUAGCUGUACAAAUCUAAUACACAUUCUGUGAACAGACUCAUUGGACCAACCACUUAUUAUGCAGAUUUAUAUUUAAGUUCACAAUAUAUACAAUUAAAACAUGAGCAGCUCUCCUUUUUGAAAGGUCCACAAGGUAGUCACGUAUGAGUUUAUGACUGGACUUCAGUUUUUAUGAUGUCUGUGCCUUUUCUGAACACACAUCGACCUGCAAUGUUUAAUGUAUGUGUGCAUAUAUUGACAGUCCUCUGCCCCUUCUGUUUCUCCAGCUGGACUUUGGACAGAACUAUUUGUCUUUGGUGCACUGGACAGACUACAGAGAACCACACAGAGCAUAUAUUUGAUGAGUGAACGUGUUGAUUUAUGCUCCAAAUUGGCUCUGUGUUAGCGCGCGUGUGUGUAUGUGUGUGUUUGUUGAAAUGGGAAUAUUUGUUCUGAUGAAAAAUGCAGAAAGUCAGCUGAAUAAAUAAUGGGAGGAAUUUCUAAUGCCUCUCAUCAUUGCCAAAUUA